GCAGCAAAGCGGUGUGCCAUACAGUUUGAAUGCUUUCCUUUAGAACACAAGGUUACAAUGGCUACUCGGUGAAGUACUCACCUUACUUCGACAACAAGUUGGCGGUGGCGACAGCGGCGAACUUUGGGUUGGUUGGUAAUGGACGUCUCUAUGUGCUAUCGAUUCAGGCCAAUGGUCAAAUCGCCAAUGACCUUUACUUCGAUACGCAAGACGGGCUCUUUGAUAUAGCCUGGUCUGAGAUGCAUGAGAACCACGUUGUCACUGCCAAUGGUGAUGGUUCUGUGAAGCUUUUUGACAUCACUGUGCCAAAAUUCCCGAUAAUGCAAUGGAAAGAGCACCAAAGGGAAGUGUUCUCCACGGCCUGGAACCUUGCUGAGAAGACGACCUUUGCAUCGUCAAGUUGGGAUGGGACUAUAAAGAUAUGGAGUCCAAAUCGGAAACAGUCGUUGAUGACUUUACAAGCUGGUAAGCCUCAGUUCCAAAACAACUGUGCUUAUCAGGCAACUUUCUCGCCGCAUAAUCCAAACAUGUUGAUGUCUGUCAAUGCCAAUGGCCACGUUCAACUCUGGGACACGAGAAGACCAGACCCAGAAGUUGCAGAUUUCAUAGGACACGGUGGUGCAGAGACACUGUGCUGCGAUUGGAACAAGUACAGGUCUACAGUGGUUGCCACAGGUGGUGUUGAUAAGAUGAUCAAGUUAUGGGAUUUUAGAAUGGUACCAACAAAGGAUUCGACCCCUAUGGCAGUUCCACAGGCCGCCCCGGUGCCGUUGAACCAGUUCAUUGGGCACGAUUUUGCUGUGCGUCGUGUAGUAUGGAGCCCUCACGAUGGAUGCGAACUGUUGAGUUGUUCCUAUGAUAUGACUGCUCGUGUGUGGCAUGAUCAGACUGAUCCAAACACGCGUAUCUGUAGGUUCAAGAACCAUUCCAAGUCGAAAGUGUUCAACCAGCAUCGAGAAUUUGUCGUUGGAGGUGAUUACAGUCUUUGGGGUGAACCGGGAUGGGCUGCAACCACUGGUUGGGAUGAAAUGGUUUACAUCUGGGAUUCAAAGAGAUUGUAAUGGAAUGUACAUACGCUAAUCAAAUUCCUCCUAUUCUACCCUGUUGGAAACGACUCAACUUCUCCUUGUGUAAGUAAUACUCCUUGCGUUCAUGACGAUAGCUCUUUAUGAACAUCUGGAUCGACUGCUCGUCGUGCUGGUCGAUGUGCGAUACAAACGUUGCCUGGAUAGAUUCUGUUAGCUUUCGAGACUCCUGUACAGACGUUUGUAGCAGCGAUUGUAGGUUUUCUCUACUGAAUCUAUACA